CCUCACCCUACAUCUAUGGGUCAGUGUGCAAGCAUCGUGCCUGGCCCUCAGGUUCCUGCUCCCACAAAUUACAUGGCAGUGGGACCACAAAUGAAUGCCGAGGCAAUGGGCCAGGAUAGCCCUCAACCUACGGCUGCUUUCUUCAGGGCGUGGCAAGCACGUAUGAAAGCUGUCAAGACUCGCCGGGAACCUAAGGAGAGACGUUCACGCAAUUUGCUUCGCUCUCGAAGGUCUGCUGGCGUGGGGGUAAUGACAGGCAUGCCUAGUGGAAUGGGGCCAGGACUACAAACUGGUACCAACUAUAUGAGCCAGGGUUUUAACACACCUAGUCAAACUUUCACUGGCAUGCCUAACGGAAUGGCGGGACAAGCCGGUUUUACUGGGAAUGGUGUAAAUCCCCAACCCAGCCCUACGUGCGGGUUCCAGAAUUACACCCCCAACAACCACAACCAGGCACCGCCACAACAAAACUCGCCCGGUCGCAAGAGAACGUCUUCCACAACUUUCGUGAUGGAAGACCCAAGUGCUCCGCCUGAGAAGCGAGCUCGUUUCAGCAGCGAAGACGAGCAAAAAGCACGGGAAGAACAACGGUUGAUGAAGGAGGCAGGAGGCUCGUGUCUGUGGUGCUACCGCAACAAGAAGAAGUGCGACUCCAUGAAUCCAUGCUCGAACUGCAAGUCCAAUAAAUACAAGUGUAUCCGGGACCAUGCACAGCUGAUUCUGUCGUCGUCGACAAGUAACGUGACAGACGUCUUCCGCCAGCUACGCGACACAGCCAUGCGAUCGUCGCCGGAAGCUCAUAUCAACGUCAACUUCAGACAACCGGGAACGGGGACGAUCGCAUUCUGGUCCGCCAGUCUGCCUCGAGCUGAGUCAUAUUCCCCAGGCUACGUAAACGAGCAACUUGUCUCGACGUUGCUGGGGUUGGUCAGAGCACCGGGACUGGACUGGAUUGAGAACGAGACAGCACGACACCCUCUCGUCCUAUCAGCAUCGGCCAUGGUCAGACUCCUCGCCGUCAUCAAGUCUCUGCUCAGAGGACAAGUCUACGUUCGUCCGGCCGAAGCAGACGCAGGGAGGAUCACGGCGUUCUACAUGUUAACGGCUUGCAUCCAGAGCCUCCUCGAAAGAUCACAGGCCUUCUCCCCUAAACUCUGGGAGGCAGUCCGCCACAAAACCAAACCUGCCCCCGAUAGCAGGAACCUGACCAGGAAGCCCCUAAACCCAGAAUGGGUAGCAACGGGUCUCUACUAUCGCGUCAUCGAUGGCCUCCGGACUAUGCAGCGAACCCCCCUCUUGGAAAAGGCCCUCGGUGACGUCUCCCACCUGCACCACCACCCAGCAAACGUCUUGAGCGUGCUGAGAUGCCUCCCCUUGUCCACCGGCAAGCUAAACAGUAAGAUCAAGGCCCACAACUCCCUCCGUGAGCACAUCCCUGUCCUGGAAGAGCAGUGGCCGCUCGACAUCGCGCUGUUACCAGGUGUCAACACCAAUGGCCAGCAGCUGCCUCCUACAGUGAUGCAGCGACUGGCAGAGCCGUUCUCGGGGGCAUCGUACGAUAUGGAGGCCUUUUUGGAUGGUAACUUCGGUUUCCUGUCCGCCAUAACCACGGCACUCUCGGCCACACCCAGCAACAGCAACAUUAACCAGUCCAAUGAACCGGACCUGGAUUGGGACUCCUUUUUGGACUUUGACGCAUCUCAGUCGUCGGAGCCAUCGGCGUCUCAGUCCUCAACGCCGUCUACUAAGACCCUUAUGAGCUUUCAGGAGAAUGUGCUGAUUGUUGAGGAUGGGGUUUUGGAUGAUCGGUUUUUGAAUGUUUGGGAUAACUUGGAUGGUUUUGAUGGGAACAGUGCUGCUUUUUCUUUUUGAUCUUUGGGAUACAGUUUGGAUUAGAUAUUUACAUUACAACGUUACAUGGUUUGCGCAGGAACGCCAUUGAUACAAUCCGCAUUUGUGAGAAUUCAAAUGAGAC